AUGAGCUAUGUGUUUCGGCGCGGCUGCACUCAGCUGAGCAGCGCCGCUUUGCGGUGGUCGCCGCGAGCAACCCCUUGCAGCAGCAGACAGCUUUCACAGACGAGCCAUAAGAUUGCAUUCUCACGAUCAUUUAAAACGACAAGCCGGAUCCAAAAAGAAUUACAAGACGAGACAGCACGGGAGACAAACCUGCGAGAUCAGAAUGCGCACGAGGAAGAGGUCAAGGCCGGCAUAGAAGCCGCCACCAAACAGCAAAUCAAGAGACCAUGGCAGCGCGAAGGAGCUGAUAGGCCUCCCACCGACUUGGAAGCCAAGAAGAUGAACAAGGCCAUGACAAAAGGGAAGCUGUUGACAACACCUACGCGACUGCUGAAGCUCAUCAUACCCAUACCGGCCGACGCAACGCACGACGAGAAAGGCAACAAGGGCGAGUUCAGGUCACUUGCCCAGAAUGAGGACAUACAGCCGCUGGCCCUGCUCGUGCACCCUCACCAACCGCUCUCCUACCUCGAGCGCUUGAUCCAGGCCGAGCUCCCGCCCGUCUACGACGACAAGGGCCGCGAAAAGAUGCCCAACGUGUAUUUCCGCGCCGAAGCCUCGGACAAGGACGAGACGGGUGAGAAGAAGCAAAACGCCGAGAAUAUUGCAUCAGCGUCGGGACUGGGCCGGGAGGGUCCAGAUACGCCGAAUAAGGACAAGGACUGGGUUCGCUGGAGCAGCAGUACCGAAAUUGGCGACUUUAUCCGGGACGCGGCGCGUGGCCGUGAGUUUGCGAUUGAUAUCGACGGACAUAACACAGAGCUGCGAGUAGGCGUGCCGAGCUUCAAUGACCGUACGCAUUACCUCCGGGUGCGGCUGCGGCGCAUGUCGCGCAAGAUUGACGAGCUGUCCAAGAUCAAGCACGAGUGCGACGUCCUGGCACACCAGGGAGCGCACCGCAUUGCCAAAGCUGGCUUUGCUGCCCUAAGUGGCUGGUGGGGUGUCGUCUACUUCGUCACGUUCCAUACCGACGCUGGCUGGGAUUUGGUCGAGCCCGUGACCUACCUCGCUGGACUGACGACCAUCAUGGGCGGUUAUCUGUGGUUCCUCUUUAUCAGCAAGGAUCUCAGCUACCGCGCUGCCCUCAAUAUCACCGUCACACGGCGCCAGAAUAUGCUCUACCAGGCUCGGGGAUUUGACCCGCAGCGAUGGGAUAGCCUGGUUAGCGAUGCAAAUGCCCUGCGCAAGGAGAUCCGCAUGAUUGCCGAGGAAUACGAUGUAGACUACGAUGAAACCAAGGAUUUGGGCGGAGAGGAGGUUCAAGAGACUCUCGAUAAGGAGCGUGAGAAGAAAGAGCGAGGCAAGGCUGACGAGGAAUUGGAAGAAGAAGAGGAGACCAAGAAAGAGGCAAAGAAUCAGGACGACAAGAAAGGCAAUGGCCAGGACAAGAAGAAGGACUAG